UUAAAUUUUUUAAAAAAGAGAAAAUUUUCUCUCUCUCUCUCUGAGCUUCUUCUUCUUGUUGUGUAAGAGAAGAAGAAGAGAACUCUACUCUAUUGAAGCUACGAGAAAGUUACUUACCUCAUCGAAAAUCGGAGAGCCAAAAUUUUGAUUUUCUCUCUUUCUUUCAAUUCUCUGACUUUGAAUAUCGGUUUUUCCGGGAAACAAAGUCUUUUGGUUUUUUCACUUCACAGAGACUCUGAAUUUUAGUUUCGCUGGAAAGAAGUUUUGGUUUUCACUUUUCAGGAAGCAAUAUUUGGCAAUAGAAAUUUCACUAUAAACAUGACAUCAUUUCAAUCAACUGCAUGUGUCUGGGGUGGUGGAUAGAGGAUCUAAAGGAAUGUCUGACUUGUACAUGUGUGAGCUUGAAGACAAUGUAUGGGAUGACUUUGAUGAGAGUGGUGAUCAUAUAGUGCCUCGUCCUGGUGACAAAUGUAGGGACCAAUUUGCAGUACAGGGUGAUAGCCAUAAGAAACCACGGCGUGAAGUAAUUGGUGUUACAAUUAAUGCUGCUAAUGCAAUUAAACAUAGUAUUUGGGAAAAGGAGGAAACGAACUUACCAAUUCUGACCAAGGAAUACGCAAUGCUGGAAAAAGGUUCAUGGUCUCAACCACCUGACGGCAUGUUUUCUUCUUCAUGUGAUAAUGACUCACUUAAGGAAGUGACAAGUAAUCAAUCUGAUGAAAUGAGGAUGUCUAGACAUUGUUUCGAAAGUGGAAACACUGAUUCUGGUGGCAGUGAGUCGUGUGCCAAUGAUCCUAUCUUAAGUGACAAGUGUGCAGCAGUUGAUGAUAAUCUGUACCGUUAUUCACUCAGUAACAUAUCCCAAACAGAUGAUGAUCUCAGCUUUCUGGACAAUGAACGUGAAGACAAAGAGAGUAGUGAUCUCUUAUACUAUUGGUGGCCGAAUAUAGAAAAUUUUGAGGAUGUUGACAAGAUGUUUAGAAAUAGUGAUUCAACUUUUGGAUUAGGGUCUCUUGGUAAUGAAGAGGAGUUGUGCUGGUUCUCAUCUUCACAUGCUACUGAAGUAUCUGAAGAUGCAUUGAAGUCUGACAAGAAGUUUCCAGGUCGUGAUGCAAGUGCAAUGAGAAGUAUACCAGAACAUCAUGAAGUUUCCAGGCCAAACAAUGCAGUUAUUCCAAUCAAUGAUUCCAGCAAGAAGUGUGUUUCCAUGGGUGAGCAAAUGAAUUCUGAGACCUCAGAUAUUGAUGACCCCACCACUCUUAGUCAGUUAUCAUUUUUUAUGGGGUCAGAUACAAAAAGUGAGAGUAAGAAUGGCUUGACGCCCAAAGACCAGAUCAAUUUUCAUCGAAAGCAGUCAAAGAACCAGAACCAAACAGAAGGGAAAAGAAAAGAUCGUCAUCUGGAAAAUGGUGUUUCUUUGCAAUCGCAUGAAGUUUUUUCUUCCCUUGGAAUUCAUCAACAUAAACAAGAAACAGGACCUGAUACCUUGAGUUAUAUGCAGAUGCAUGUACCCUAUAUGCACUUAGACUAUUGUCAUCCUUCAGAUAUUUGUCAAACAACAUCAGGUAACAGAUCUGAUAACAAUGGCCCCCCAUCUCCUUCUCCUAAGGAGUCUUCCUAUGCAUCAAAUCCAGUCCAGUCCAUGGAGAGUUCUCAUGGUCCUUCACUUGAGGUUCCUGUGAAAAAUGAAAAGAGAGAAAAACUACAUUGCUGCCAGGAUUUACAAGCUCCAAGUACUAGGAAGUCUAAACAUGUAAAUAUGACUACUCCAAUGGCAUUUGGUCUACCUUCAGCUCAGAAGCAAGCACGGCUCUCUGAAAAUGAGGGUGAAGCCCAUAGUGAAGUUGGAGUUACCAAAGGAAUUCCAACAGAAUUUGAUUCUUCAAAUGCACAGGAGAGCUCUUGCAUGAGCUCUGCGUUGGAUGAGAUCUCACUAGAAGCAACUAGUUUUCGCCAGCUUCAACAAGUCACGGAACAGUUGGAUAUCAGGACAAAACUGUGCAUAAGGGAUAGUCUAUACCGGUUGGCUAGAAGUGCUGAACAAAGGCAUAAUUGUGCAAUGAUUGGAGGCAAUGGAGAUGACAAUGAUGGAAGUCGGGCAUUAAUGGUUCAAGAGACAAACAAGUGCGCUGGCAUUGAUGAUAUGGAAACUGGCACAAAUCCUAUAGAUCGCUCUAUAGCACAUCUACUAUUUCAUAGGCCUCCAGAUGCAUCUGUAAUGCCUGCCAACAAUGCAAUGUCUCUCAAGUCUCAUGCCUUGAUUCAUGGGGCUGUUACUAGUCCACCUGCAAUGCCUGAGACACUGGUUUUUAAGGAAGAUACUGUUCCCAGUGCGGAUAAGAAGACGCUGAUGACUGACAACAAAUAAGGAAAAAUAAAUAGCAUGAGCUCCAUUAUUGUGAUAUAUGACUAUAUUUUAAUCAACUUCAAAUCCUCAUGUAUAAUUAUCGUUUGAGGUCCACCAUAGAUGUGAGGUUUGAAUCUCAUGUGUUAGAUAUGCUUUUUUGUCUGUGUUGGUGCAUAUCCUUAGCAUUUGACAGGGCUAUAAAUUGUCCAUCUGUUACUAAUAUUUUCGUGCAUCUCAAUCUCACCCUGGUAGUAUCAGUAAUUCCUGUUAA